AUGGGUAUUAACAAUCCUAUUCCAAGGAGUUUAAAGAGUGAGACAAAAAAAGCAGCGAAGAUUUUGGCUAGUUUUGUCAAACCAAACCAAGUUUUUGGUGCGGACCAAGUCAUUCCUCCAGACGUUUUGAAAAGAGCUAAAGGGUUGGCUAUCAUAACGAUCUUAAAAGCAGGUUUUCUAUUUUCAGGUAGAGCUGGUUCUGGUGUGAUUGUCGCAAGAUUAAAGGAUGGUACUUGGUCAGCUCCAUCUGCCAUUGCCAUGGCAGGUGCUGGUGCCGGUGGGAUGGUUGGUAUAGAAUUGACUGAUUUUGUUUUCAUUUUAAAUACUCAGGAUGCUGUUAAGUCGUUUUCUGAAUUUGGGACCAUCACGUUGGGUGGUAACGUCUCCGUUUCUGCUGGGCCUCUUGGUAGAAGUGCAGAAGCAGCUGCAUCAGCCUCCGCCGGUGGUGUGGCUGCAGUUUUUGCCUAUUCUAAGAGUAAAGGUCUAUUUGCAGGGGUUUCUGUGGAAGGUUCGGCUAUUAUAGAAAGAAGAGAGGCUAACAGAAAAUUUUAUGGUGACAAUUGUACCGCGAAAAUGAUUUUGUCUGGUAGGAUAAGACCGCCUCCAGCAGUUGAUCCAUUGUUUCGUGUUUUAGAGUCCAGGGCGUUUAAUUACAGACCCUCCAACGGUGGUCGUGGCAGUUUCGAUGACGACGAAGACGAUUACUAUGACGACGACGAUUACUAUAAUGACAUUCCUAGUUCAUUCAGUUCUACAGAUGCUUCCUCCACUAGACCUAACACAAGAUCCACAAGGAGAAGAGCCCAAAGCGGUUCUCGUUAUACGUUCGACGAUGAUGAUGACGAUGAUGAUUAUGGUACUGGCUAUUCAAGGAAUUCAAGACUGGCUCCUACCAACAGUGGCGGUAGUGGUGGUAAAUUGGAUGACCCAUCUGGAGCUUCAAGUUAUUAUGCCAGCCACAGAAGAUCAGGAACUGCUCAGUCAAGGGCUCGUUCUUCAAGAAAUCGUUGGGCUGAUGAUGAAUACGAUGAUUAUGAUGAUGAUUAUGAAUCCGGGUAUAGACGCGGGAAUGGAAGAGAUAGGACAAAAGACCGUGAAGUCGAUGACUUGUCGAACAGAUUUUCUAAAUCUAGAAUCUCGUCCGCUUCAACACCGCAAACUAGUCAGGGCAGAUUCACUGCUCCAACAUCCCCAUCCACGUCUUCUCCAAAGGCCGUGGCAUUAUAUAGCUUUGCAGGAGAAGAGUCCGGAGAUUUACCAUUCAGAAAGGGUGACGUGAUCACAAUUUUGAAAAAAUCAGAUUCUCAAAAUGACUGGUGGACCGGAAGAGUCAACGGUAGAGAAGGUAUAUUCCCAGCAAAUUACGUUGAACUAGUUUAA